UCAAAUCAAAACCCAUCUCAUUAUACAUAUUGCCUUUGAUUAAUUAAUUCCUCUGAAACUGAUCAUCAAAAAUGGCCGGAAUCAUAAACAAGAUCGGCGAUGCACUCCACAUCGGAGGCGGUAACAAGGAGGACGACAAGAAGCACGACGGCGACUACAAGUCUGACCAGAAGAAACACGAAGGUGAUCACUCUGCCUACGACCAGAAGAAGCACGAAGGCGAUCACUCUGCCUACGACCAGAAGAAGCACGAAGGCGAUAAUAAGUCCGACCACAAGCCGGAGCACAAGGAAGGCAUCAUUGAUAAGAUCAAGGACAAGAUCCACGGCGAAGAUGGCGGAAGCAAGGAAAGCUGCGGCGAAGGUGAGAAGAAAAAGAAGAAGGAGAAGAAGAAGAAGAAGGAAGGAGACCACCACGAUGGAGGCAGCAGCAGCAGCAGCGACAGCGAUUAGAUCGCCAUCAUCGUUCAUCCUCUUCGAUCUCGAAUCAAUGGGAGGUAUGUACAAGACGAAGAGCUUUCAUACGUUUUAGUGUGCUUUUCGGUUGCUGAAAUAAAAAUGUAAUAAAAUAGUAAAGGGAAAAUAGAAAACGUGAAAACCGAGAGUUAUGGAGUGUUGCUUAAUCCGUAACCUUAUGGGUGUAAUUGCUACUACAUGAUGGAAUGAAGUUUAUGAUUUGUUUAUAAAUCAUUUCCUUUCU